AUGGAUAUGGCACACGAACAGGCUAAAUUCAACUGUUUUCAGGACUUCAUCCUCCAGCUGAACAAUCAGGUGGCAUGUUGCGAUUACGGUGAUCGUCUGGAGGAAUACCGAUGUGACCGUCUAAUGGCAGGUAUAAAUGACUUGAAAGUACAAGGGAAAUCGCUAGAAAAGAAUGAUCUGGAGCUCGCAGAGGCACGCAAGAUCUGUGAACCACACGAUGAUCUAAUGCAAGCAACAUCCACUGAAGCGGUCACCUUAGUCCAACGCCAGAAUCAGAGACCAAUCCGACCUCCGGUGGCCAAGCACACACCGAAACCACAACGUGACCCUUCCGGCAACGAGAAACACAUCAACCCGUGUCUGUCGUGCAUGCGCCCCACUUGUUAA